AUGGAGCUGCCAUUGGGCGGACCAGCGCUUAGGCACUACACCCAGAGCAGACCCAGACCUCACCGACAAAAACUCAACUAUCGUCCCAGCAGACCACAGGAGCCAAUAAUUGAAAGUGAAAAUGAGGUCCUCGAGCACAUGGGGCGAGUGGAUGAAGGAGUUGAAGAGUUCUUUACUAAGAGAGUACUUCCUGUUGAUACCCUGAAAAAACAAGAUGAAGAAUCAUCCACUACAGUGCAGCAAGUGGCUCCUGCCAGUUCUGUGUCUUUUCCACCACCGACCAAAACACUCAGGAGGAGGCUUGGUGAUUUCUUUACCCUCAAAAAGAGACGAGGUCUGAAAUCAGAGACAAGUCAGGAGGGGCGACCCAAAAAAGCCACUAUUGCUGAUUUUAUUCGACCUCUCAGGGAGGCCAGAGGUGACAAAGACAAAGACAAAGACAAAACUAAGGAAAGCGACAAGGAAAAUGAAAAGGAGAAAGGAAAAGAAGAUCACAGUGCUGUUACUGGAGAAUCAGCUGUGCAGGAGACGCUUACUUCUGGUCCUGCACCGCUGAGAGGUGAAGCGGCACCUCCCCGUCGUGCUCUCAGAGAGGGGAAGUCCCAGUCACUCAUCCUUCUGUCUGGAUCAGCAGCAGCGGGCACCGCUAAUUCCAGAAACACUGCAAAGAAACAGUACGAUGGCCAAAAUAGUUUUGAACAGAAGCUCCAUCUCAUGCUCCAACGUAUUGGAGUUUCAAAGCCACAGCCAGAAGAGACACAGAAUCAGGAGGGGGAGAUGAAAAAGGCUGAAUCUGAAGGUACUAUUAUUGACAGUAAACCUGAGCCACCUCCAACUUUCACGAAACCUCGAACGAUGUCCACCUCAUCAGAUACAAGGCAUCAAAUUCGGCAAAGUGCCUCAGCACAUGAGUCAGCUGGGAAACCUGCUUUGCUUCCAAAACCAAUAAUCAAGCCUGGUCCGCCCCCUGCAACAUCAGGGCGCAACACACCCGAGAAUGAGCUAGCCCAAAUACAGGAAGGAGAGUCAGUUACGCCGACUAAACCGAGCCCUACUGAAGCUCUGCCUACCCCGAUUUCCUCCACCCUCGCUGCUGCUCCCGCCCUCACUGAACCGACAAUCUCAACUUCAGUUCCUGACUCAACUAAUUUUACAAUCUCCUCUACAAGUACUGUAACUCCCACUGACACAGAUAUAUGCACUGACUCUGAUAAUCCUACUUCAGCAGUUGCUUUACCCUUGAAUGUUACAGAGCUUGAUGAAAAGGCCUCUGUCCCUGCAGCUACAGCUAGCACCACCACUGUCCCGCCCGCCUCCACCUCCCCACCACCCUGCACAAGUACCACCACACCCACAGAAAUCACUGCCCCUGCCCCCGUUACCUCCACUAUCUCUGAUUCCAUUACCCCAAACCUCUCUGUCACUUCCAGCUCCACAACAAUAACAACGCCUUCCAUUACCACCUCCAAAACUGAUUCUGUACCCGGUGAUGAAAGCUCAGUUUCCACAACAUCAACAGAUCUGUCAACUAAAUCAUCUUUGCCAAUGUUAAAUGGCGAUGUCUCAACUGAUGCUACUCCUACUGCCAUUAGUGACACAACUAUUUCAGUCAGCAGCACUGUAGACACAGUUUCUUCCAUCUCUACCAGCAUGCCAAAUAUGCCGCCAGACGGCUCUGUCACUAUUAGUUCAGUUACUUUGGCCAAUGAUGAUUCCACUUCUACCUGUGUUAUUUCCACCAGCUCUUUAACUCCAGUUUCAUCAGUUACUAAAACCACUGAUAUUGUGGAUGCCCCGACUCCCACAGCUACAGUUUCAGUUGACGCCACCAUGAGCAGUUCCUCUGUUCCCAACAUCCACUGA